AUGGCCGAUUCAAAAGUUACUGGUGUUUAUCGAAUUCCUCCUUUCUAUUAUUUACAUGUUCUUGAUCAAAAUUCAAAUGUAACACGACUUGAAGUAGGUCCAAAAACAUUUGUUAAACAAGAUCAUGAAAAAGUUAUACUUGGACCUGAACGCAUGUUAAUAAUUCCUCCACGUCAUUAUUGCGUUAUUGAAAAUCCAGCCGUUCGUGAUAGUACUGGCAAAGUUGUUACAGAUUCAAAUGGUCAAGUUAAAUUACUUCAUUCAGAUGUUGAUAUUCGUUUUGCCCAAGAACCAUUUCCACUCUAUCCAGGAGAAAGUCUUAAACAAGCAGUUACACCACUUAAAGUUAUUGAACCUAAUUGUGCAUUACGUCUUCGUGCUGUUCUUGAUUUUGUUGAUGAACAAGAUAAACAAAUUCGAGCUGGAGAUGAAUUUCUCUUUCAAGGACCUGGAACUUAUUUCCCUCGUAAAGAAGUUAGUGUUGAAGAACAAAUCAAAGCUGUUAUUCUUAAACCAAAUGAAGCCGUUCGUUUACGUGCUAAAAAAGAAAUGACAGAUCGUGAUGGUGUUGAACGAGAAACAGGUGAAGAAUGGCUUAAUCGAACUGUUGGUUCUUAUUUACCAUUAGCUUAUGAAGAAGUUGUUUCAACAGUUAAAGCUUAUGUCCUUACCGACAAAAAAGCUCUUCAUGUUCGUGCUUUACGUACAUUUACUGAUUCACUUAAACGUAAACAUCUUCAUGGUGAAGAAUGGUUAGUCUAUGCUAGUGAUGCUGAAACAUAUAUUCCUGAUGUUUAUGAAGAGGUUGUUGGUGUUGUACCAGUAACAGUAUUAAAUUCUCGUCAAUACUGUGUUAUUCUUGAUCCAGUUGGUUCCGAUGGUAAACCACAACUUGGAAAGAAAAAACUUGUUCAAGGAGAAAAAACAUUCUUUCUUCAACCCGGUGAACGAUUAGCAAAAGGUAUUCAAGAUGUAUAUGUUCUUGAAGAAGAUGAAGGUCUUAUUCUUCGUUGUACAGAAUCAUUUAAAGAAGAUGGAAAAGUCGCACGUAAUCCCGGUGAUCGUUGGAUGGUUCGUGGUCCAAAAGAUUAUAUUCCAGGUGUUGAAGCUGAAGUUGUUCUUCGACGUAAAGCAAUUCCAUUAGAUGUUAAUGAAGGUAUUUAUGUUCGUGAUGUUAAAACUGGUAAAAUUCGUUCAGUUAUUGGUAAUACAUAUUUAUUAACUGAAAAUGAAGAACUCUGGGAAAAAGAUUUACCAGCCCAAGUUGAACAACUAAUUGUCUUAGAUCCUCGAUAUUUUGAAGAUAAACAAGGAUUACCAUCAACAAUUCCACCAAGAGAUAAAUCAAAAGUUAUUACAUAUCGUGUACCACAUAAUGCAUGUGUACAAAUUUAUGAUUAUAAAUCAAAGAAAGCUCGAAUUAUUUUUGGCCCUGAACUUGUUAUGCUUGGCCCUGAUGAACAAUUUACUGUUUUGAAUCUUUCGGGUGAAAAACCAAAACAACCAAAUAAAAUACGAGCAAUUUGUCUUUUAUUGGGACCAGAAUUUUCCAGUGAUAUUGUAACAAUUGAAUCAAGUGAUCAUGCUCGUCUUUCACUUCGACUUUCCUACAAUUGGCAUUUUGAAAUCACUGAUCGUAAUGAUACUAAAGAAGUUGCAAAACUUUUUUCAGUUCCCGAUUUUAUUGGAGAUUUUUGUAAAGCUGUUGCUGCUAAAAUUCGUGGUGCUGUUGCUGGUAUUUCAUUCGAUGAUUUUCAUAAAAAUUCAGCCAAAGUUAUUCGUGCAUCAGUAUUUGGUCUUGAUGAAAAUAAACGAAUUAACAAACGUCUUCUAUUUCCACAAAAUAAUUUAGUAUUAACUUCAAUUGAUAUACAAAGUGUUGAACCUGUUGAUCAACGUACACGUGAUGCACUUCAAAAGAGUGUUCAAUUAGCUAUUGAAAUUACAACAAAUUCACAAGAAGCUCAAGCAAAACAUGUGGCUUCGCGAACAGAACAAGAAGCAAAAGGUCAUUUAGAGAGACAAAAGAUUAAUGAUGAAGCUGAAGCCGAAAAGGAACGACGAAAUCUAUUACAACUUCAAGCUUUAUCAGCGGCUGUUGAAUCAACUGGUCAAUCACGUGCUGAAGCUCAAUCACGUGCUGAAGCAGCUAAAAUUGAAGGUGAAGCUGCUGUUGAACAAGCUACUUUACGCGCUCAAGCAGCAAAAAUUGAAGCUGAUAUUGAACUUUAUCGUUUGACACAAGCACGUGAAUUAGAAUUGAGUUAUUCAAAAUUAGUAUCAGAUCUUGAAAUUGACAAAGCCAGACGAUUCGCUGAUAUUGAAACUCAAGAAUUUAAAGAACAUGUUAAUGCUAUUGGAGCUAAAACAAUUCAAGCUAUUGCUACAAGUGGACCUGAUAAUCAAGUUAAACUUCUUCAAGCUCUUGGUAUUAAAUCAACUUUGAUUACCGAUGGACGUAGUCCAAUCAAUCUUUUCAAUACCGCUGCUAAUCUAGUUGAAACACCAGCUGUACAACAUUAA